AUGUCUUCUCCCGUCGACCUCCGCAACCCUGGACGCCCGAUCCAUGUGGGCGUUGUGCUGUUAAACACUGUGACCGAACAACUCGAUGUGGCCCCCGUUGGCUUUUUCAGCAGCAUAGGCUGUGAUUUCGUGAAGGACCUACCCCCUAUUGCCAUCUCUGAAGAGCUCAGAGCUCAGGCUCUAGAAUUCAUCUUUCACUGGGUUAAUGAGGACGGCUCCACCCCUGCGGCUCUCACAGGAAAUAUGAAAGUGACCCCCACGGACUCCUUCGCUACCUGUCCCCCAUUAGAUAUCGUGGUCAUUGGAGCCAGUAAAUUAGGCUACGAAGCCAGCUCUGUCGAAAAGGAGUUUCUGCGGAAGUGUUAUGCUGACUGCGCUGCGCUCCUGUGCGUUUGCGGCGGAUUUGAGCCCGUUUUAGCGUCGGGGCUUCUGGAAGGCAAGGUCGCAACGGCACCACGUCUAUUCUAUCCCGGAUUGAAGCAAAUGGCCCCUGGGACUGAGUGGGUAGACAAGCGAUGGGUGCAAGAUACAAAAAUUUGGACGACUGGAGCUUUGCUGAAUGGUCUCGACAUGGUCGCGGCUUUUGGGCGGGAAACAUGGGGCGGAGAAGGGUCUCUAGUUGAGCAUAUGAUCCGGGCAGGAUUUUUCCCGACUAGAGAUGUGGAUUACAAAGAUGAGCUGUGA